AUGGAAUACUCCAUCGAGCCCGCCCUGCCGGAGGGGCUGUUUCUCGCGAGGAGUACCGGCAUCAUCACGGGCGUGCCCGCCGCGAAGACGGAACCGACCAUUUACAAGGUCGGGGUCUCCAGCGCAGCCGGUGAGGCGGUCGCCGAGCUAUCCUUCGCGGUGCGCCUUCUCCCCCCCAGCGGCUUGGCGUACCAGGAGGCGGCGUCCGCCGCCGCUGCCGCGUAA